GUUCUCCACCUGUUGUCUUAGUCAUUUCGGUCAUUUUCUUUUAAUUUCUUCGUCUCGUUGUCCGGGUUGCCAAACUUUGCUUACUCUUUUUUGAGGAUUUAGUAUUUUUAAAUUUAAAGAUUUUAGUACCAUUCGUUUAAACUUGGAUUUCAGCUAAAAAUAUGUCCGGUCCGAAUACGGAAAAGACAGUCCGCGGGUCCAAUUACGGACAAAUAAACCCCGCUCAUCAACCAAUCAGAGUGCGUGUACCAUGGUAGUCAUAUAAUAAAUGUAUAUCCACCAUUUGACUUCACAUUUAAAGAUGACAUCCGUUAAGUUUCAAUUGAUGUGCUGCGGACAACCGAAUAGAUUCCUUUGAAAUAUUGAAGAGUAAGUUACAAAUUCACACUCGAUUUUCUUCGAUACUUUCAAGGAAUCGGUUCGGUUGUCCGCUUGUCAUAUAAGACAUCAAGUUGGACUGAACUCACACUACGCAAAAUUGAGUGGUUUGCAACUACAUAUUUUGAGUUUUUGUACCAAACCCCCAAAACUGCGAUUUCAUUUGCACAUGUGUCACGCCUCGCCAAUUAUAUCUAAUUUCUAUUUCAGAAUUUGCAAACUAGAAGCAUUGGUGAUUAUGUUCGCUAAAGAUCAAAUCGAUCGCAGGUUUUGAAGGGGCUACUAAGUGGGUUUCAAUUUGAACGAAUUUUUGUAAACAAUUUCCCGCGAGAGGCCUCAAUACACAAAACUAUUCGAUGAUGUAUAGGCAAGAUAGAUGAAAAUGUAUUGGCCAGUUUUUUAUUUUCAAUUUUGGCUUCCAAUGCUAAAUAAUGGCGCCAUUUAAACAAGCUAUUUUUCUUUUAUUAAAAAAUAAAUACUUCUCACAUGCUGCGUCGGCUCUUUUGAAGAUUGAAUAAUUCUAUUUUAUUACACCUUUGGGAUAGGUCGUUUAACUCGCCCUUAAAGAGCAGGAAAACUCACACAACAAGUACCAUUUAUAGGAAACCAUUAAAGUUAUUGGCGUAUGCCAGCAGCUUUCGUGGGUGUUAAUCUCCAAGUACAAAGUAUCAGAAUAACACUUCUCGAAUUUGCACGCUUUCUAAAGACCAUGAUUGGGCGCGGAAAUUGCCAGCGUCUUUGAUCGAAACGGCUAAAAUACUUUGCGUUGAUUGGCUGACUGCGAUGCCGCGGUAAAAUACCUCACGUUGAUUGGUUGACUGCGAUGACGCGCGAAAUCCUUCCACCUUAUAACAGGGCCCUUCAGUUCACAUCGUCACAACGCUAGCCUUAGUAUGCUGCUGUUAACAAUUUACCUGGUCGCUGUGGCGGCCUUAACGGACAAUGUCGUCUCUGAAUGUGGCAUCAGACCUCGCGAAAAUACCGUAGACAUCGAGGGAAAGCGAAUUGUGGGCGGAGUCGAGAGCCGCCAGGGAACCUGGCCUUGGCAAGUUGCGUUACUCUUGAAUGGGACGCAGUUCUGUGGAGGGUCACUUGUCACGCCAGAGUGGGUCGUGACCGCUGCACAUUGCUUCCAUGAUAGCUACUCCUCUACCAAUGAAGACCACUGGACUGUGACCCUUGGUGAACACAAGUUAAAGGACAAAGAGGAUUUCGAGCAGACACGUGACAUUUCCGCCAUUUACCUGCACGAGGCCUACAAGUCUAUGUUCCUGGAGGGCAUUAAGGAUACUCCCCCGGAUUUUGAUAUCGCGCUUGUCCGUUUAAGCGAGCCAGCAAUCUUCGACGAGAACGUCUCGCCCAUUUGCCUUCUCCCCCCGGAACACAAGCUCCCAUGGGGGAAAACCUGCAUCAUCACAGGGUGGGGCCACAUACGCUGGAACGGAACUCAGCCCGAGGCCCUUCGCGAGGCCAAAGUCCGUCUGGUCCCCACGUGGGUUUGCAACUUGGUUAACUCGUACAAUGGCACCAUCCACUCGCGCGCACUGUGCGCUGGAUUCAAGGAGGGCGGAGUCGACGCAUGUCAGUACGACAGCGGAGGACCGCUGCAAUGUGAGCAUGACGGGCGCUGGUACUUGACAGGUCUCGUCUCGUGGGGUCACGAGUGCGCACGCCCACAGAAGUAUGGCGUGUACUCUAACAUGCAAGUGAUGACGUCAUGGGUGGUGAAGAUGAUGGCGGAGCAUCGGUUCGAUAAUAUGCCGGCAUACGCCAGAAUAGGGUAGCAUACUAAAAAAAACAUAGUACCGGCAGGCCUACGUAGAAGUAUAAUAUAUCAUAUUCUACGGGCGUUUGCAAGAACAGUGCAAGGACUAAGGUGCCUGCAUUUACAAGGUGCAAGGGGAUAAUUAAAUAUAUGUAGUGCCGGCUUAUAGUAUUAGAUAGCAAACUUUAACACCGGUCGAAAGAGGUGUAGGAAUUAGACUACGGCUUUAAUUCAAUACUUUUUUUUUCAUAAAUUGUCCAUAACUGGGUAAAGUUAAUCGUGAACAAAAAAAUGGCGAUUGAUUAGGAGGACAUGAACUUUUGCCAUCAAGGACAACUAUGUUGUGAUACUUUUUAUAAGAAUAUUUCGUUAUUAAUGAGCCAUUUCAAUUAGGACCCACUUUCGAAUCC